AUGAAGACGACAUAUUGGAAAUCUGUCGUCAUUAUGCUGGACUCCACGCUUGAGUGGUCUGUCAUCAAGAUCUGCCUGGAUGUGUUCGAGCGGCUAGAAACCAUUAAGCUGCACCUUGUUUCUUCUGAUAGGGCUGACAUCGACGCCUCAUUGGAGAACACUUAUUAUAGUUUGCUGAUGCGACUUCUCGCUCCCCACUUUCAUAAAUGUAAGAUCAUCUCCAUUGAUGUCUGGUAUCGCUCUACCAUCGUGGCGGUCAGUUACUUCCUCAAUAAUCUUGUUGCUCGCAAUCUUGUCAAGCUUUCCUUGCUGUCCUACAUUACCGAUUCGGCUAAGGAUGCUGCUUUCACCUCUUUCAUAUCUCCGAGGCUUACAGCACUUUCUGUGGAUGCUAAAACAUUUGUCGCAUUUGCGGAAGCCCGGGGCGAAACAGGCGUUGAGAUCAAGUUCGGGCGAAAUCUCUCCGUCACAUCCUAUCACCCCGAAGACAAGUCGCCUAACCUGACAGAACCCGAGCUUAUCUCUGCUAUUGUCCGCUUCACCGACACCUAUGGGUGCCUGUCUGAUCUUGCAGUCGAAGAUGUUUUAUUUGACAGGCUGGACGAUAAUGAACCCGAAUAUGUCAGGACGGUCAACGACGUGAGCUUCGUUGACAUGGAUGCCAGCUUUCUCCGCGCGUUUUUUGGCUACUUUGAUCCCCCUUGGGCCGAAGGUGACCAGGGAAUGCUCUCACUUACCCAUUGCCGUCUUGAUCUCCCUAGUGGUGCGCGGUUCAUGGCCGACCUCGUGUUGACCGAGAUUGACGACAGUGCUACCAUUCUGCGCGUGCUUGAGCUCUGGAAUGGUCUCACUGUCGAUAUAACUGAUUGCCCGGGGUUUACCGACGAUGUUUUGGACGUGAUGGUUCGCGACUAUCAUUGCGGCUACGUCUCCACCUUCACCUUCACCAACUGUCCGAUCUCAGUCGCAGGCGUCCGUAGGUUCGUGUCCUCCAGGAGGCCCAGUGAUUUCUUUGAAGAGCUACAUGUCUGGGGUGCACCGAGUCUGAACGAUGCGGACAGGGUGUGGUUCAAAGAGAAGGUUCCAGUCGAGCUGACGUGGAAUGACGAAGUGCUCAAGUAG